AUGGCAACUCAAAAAGCCGUCAUAGUUACCUCUUUCGAGCAUGAGGGGUUAGUGACUGAUCGUGCUAUUCCCGCCCUGCGAGAUGAUUAUAUACUCGUCAAGGUUGAGGCUGUCGCCCUGAACCCGACCGACUGGAAACAUGUCAAAUUCCUGUCUCCUCCUGGCAGUCUCGUUGGCUGCGACUACGCCGGUAUCGUCCAGAAAAUUGGAAAGAAUGUCAAAAAGCUCUUCAAGGAAGGUGACCGUGUAUGCGGUUUCGUGCAUGGCGGCAAUGCUUUGCAGCCCGACGACGGUGCUUUUGCGGAGUAUAUCGUCGCUAAGGGUGAUAUCCAAAUGCAUAUCCCUGACAACCUCAGCUUCCAAGAGGCUGCUACCCUUGGCGUUGGCAUUACAACCGUCGGUCAAGCCCUGUAUCAGAGCCUGAAGCUCGCUUUGCCUGCCACACUCGAGAGUCCUCAGACCGCCAACCCGCUUGAGCCUGCUGAGACUCUCCUGAUUUACGGCGGCUCCACUGCGACUGGCGCACUUGCUAUCCAAUUCGCUAAGUUGUCCGGUUAUACCGUGCUUACCACCUGCUCCCCGCAUAAUUUCGAGCAGGUCAAAAGUCUCGGUGCUGAUAAAGUGUUUGAUUACAAUGCACCUGACGCUGCCGCCGAGAUUCGUGCUUACACUCACAAUAAGCUCAAGCUUGCUUUCGACACAAUUUCGAUCGAUGCUAGUGCCAGGCUCUGUGAUGCCGCUCUUUCCACAGAGGGUGGUGACUAUACUGCUCUCCUCGCGGUCGGCAUUGACCGUGUUAACAUCAACGACCGCUGGACACUUGCGUACAGUGCAAUCGGCGAAGAGUAUAUGUACCGCGGUACACCCUUGCCAUCUAAACCCGAGGACAAGGAGUUUGCCGUGAUGUUUUGGUCUAUUGCAGAGAGAUUGUUGGCUGAUGGAAAAGUCAAGGUGCAUACCCCCAAGGUCAACCCUGGGGGAUUGAAUGGAGUGAUUGACGGUCUACAACUCCUCAGGGAUAACAAAGUCAGCGGAGAGAAGCUCGUCUAUAACUUGUCUGGAUCCUCUUAA